CCAAAUUUUCCGAAAUUAAAUUACUGUAUAGGAUUUGAAAGACAAUCCUUGUUUUAGUUGAGUGAGAUCACAACACAAUACACUUCCUCCAUUGAAAGCUGCUUCUAAGCUUUCUCUCCUCCAUUGUACCAGUUUCUGAGAAUGAAUAAAGGAGGUGGCGGAGGUGGACCUACAGCCGCCGCUGCUGCUGCAGCCACGCAGAAGCAGAAGGCACUUUUGCAGAGAGUUGAAACUGAUGUUUCCAAUCUUGUUGACAAUUUCACUGUUCUUGUCAAUGUUUCCCGGGUAAAUGAUCCACCCGUCAGAAAUCAACAAGAAGCUUUCAUGAUGGAAGUGCGUGCUGCCAGGAUGGUCCAAGCAGCUGACUCAUUGUUAAAGUUGGUGUCAGAAUUGAAGCAGACUGCUAUCUUUUCUGGAUUUGCAUCGCUCAAUGACCAUGUAGAACAACGUAUUGGCGAAUUCAAUAAGCUGACAGAUAAAACAGACGUUACUUUGGGUAGAGUUGGGGAAGAGGCAGCAGCUAGUCUCAAAGAACUUGAAUCUCAUUUCUAUUCUUCUGCAGAGAAGGCCUGCGCAGCCAGCCAACCUUCAUCACCUUGAGGUUGGCAUGAAAGUUGCAGUCUAAUAUAUCUGACUGUCAAAAGAUGUCUAGAGAUGUGUAGUACCUGACUUCUAUUAUUUGUGUAUUUCGGGUGAUUAAAGGUACAACACUCCACAGUUAAGGUCGUUUGGGUGGGGGCUAUUUGUAAUGUAGACUAUGUAGCUGCGGAUGUCAAGCUAGCAGAUACUUAGAGCCCCUUGUUGUGUAUAUGCUAUGACUGAGAACAAGUCUAGGUUUAUUUGUAGAAGUGAAUUAUUUGUUAUGUAGGAUCUUGCAAAAUUCAUUCCAAGAGUUGUUUCAGAAUACUA